AUGACCUUAAAAGUUAAUGUUAUGUUCUUUUUACUGUAUUUUGUUCUUGUUAUCACUGCAGCUUACGAAAAAUCUGACAUAGCAUCAGCUAGAAUUGAGAGCUGUAGGGGCUGCUCACUUAAUCGUCUCCCCGAAGUAAAGAAGUUCGUAAUGGAAGACGCGCCAAACUAUGAGCGGCUAGAAGUGAAAUUUAUUACGGGGGCGGAACCCGAAUUUAUACUCCUUGAUAACGGCGACCGUGAACUUGAGCGAAUUCCGCUCUCGCAUUUGUCUCGGUCCGAAUGUAAUGAAUUAGUUCAAAGCAAGGGUUUCUCCAAGAAGAUUAAAAAUUCUGAAUUU